CACACAGCAGGGAGCCAAAGGUCCCCAACCUGGCAACCUGCUGUUGAUGUUACUUUGACUAUAACCUCUGAACGCACAACGCAACCAGCAGACAUGGACUUCAAUGGCACCUGGAAGGUUUAUUCUGAGGAAAACCUGGAAGAAUUCCUCAAGGUCAUUGGGGCGCCAGAGAUGGUGGUGAAGAUGCGUAAAGAUGUGAAACCAGUGCUGGUGAUCGAGCAGAACGGCAAAGACUUUACCUGCACCAUGAAGACUCCGUUCUCCAGCCGCGUCACCCGCUUCACCAUCGGGAAGGAGUCGGAAAUCUGCACCCUGGACGGCAGGAAGGUCAAGUGCACCGUCAGGGAAGAAGAUGGGAAGCUGAUCUGUGAGACGUCAAAGUUCACAUCUGUCCGGGAAAUCCAAGGGGACGAAAUGAUCGAUACGACUACCGCUGGAUCAGUAACUUUCAUCAGCAAAAGCAAACGAGUCUGA